AUGGCGAGCCUCUCCAAGCUCCCUCCGGUCACCUGGACCCGCAUAGCUUCCAGUAUGCGACUCUACCGAUCAUCUCAGGCCGUUUCAGUGGUUGGGGAGAAGAUGUACAUCUUCGGCGGGGAGCUUGUGCCUCGGCAGCCCGUGGACAACAAAAUCGACGUUGUCAAGGUCGGAGGGGAGCCAGAAUACGGUGUCCAGACACUCCCUCCCAAGCAGGAUAGUCCUCCACCUCGAGUUGGCAGUCCCAGCACAGCCAUCAAUGGGGACAUCUACCUGUUCUCAGGGCGUGGGGGCUUGGAGAUGAAGCCUAUCGAGGAAACUGGUGGUCUCUGGCGCUAUGAAGUAUCUAAAUCUCAGUGGACUUUGGUGCAUCCCUCCGAUGCUUCAGCUCGAUUCCCAGCUGGGAGGAGCUACCAUUGCAUCACCUCCGAUGGUGUCAGAAAGGUCUAUGUUCACUCAGGUUGCCCCCAAGACGGAAGACUCCGUGACCUGUGGGUUUUUGACAUCAUCGACAGCACCUGGACAGAGCUGUCUCAGGCCCCUGGUCCAGCGCGAGGCGGAUCUUCAAUCACAUUCUCUGACGGGAAGCUCUACCGCAUGAAUGGCUUUGAUGGCAAGAGGGAACAAGGUGGCUCCCUCGACGUGUUCAAUAUCGAGACGUCUACUUGGAAAACCAUUUUCUACAAAGCAGAUGGCAUCAGCGGCCCAGAACCCCGAAGUGUCUCGACUCUGUUGCCCGUUACAGUCCAGGGCAAGCCCUACUUGGUCACAGCGUUUGGCGAAGGAAACCCUAGCCCCCUUGGGCACGCUGGUGCGGGCAACAUGUUUUCUAAUGGAUGGGCCUAUGAGAUUGAGCAGAACCUCUGGCAUAAGCUAGAUUCAAGAACUGAAGGUCCCGCUCCGAGGGGGUGGUUUGAUGCUGACGUGGCCAAGAAUGGGGCUGGAAAGGAAAUCGUUAUCGUUCAUGGAGGUCUCGGAGAGGAUAACCAGAGACUUGGGGAUGUCUGGUCGCUGCAUUUUUCGGAGUAA